AUGGACCCAUCCCGUUCCAAUACUUCGCCGCAAUGGCCGCCUGUGUGGCGCGCACAUGCGCCCGAGGCUAGGUGGAACCAUGACUGGGAGCAUGAGGAUCUGCUGCCGACCUACAUGACGACGCAAAUGUACGGUCCCACUCAGCUGGCUCCACACACGCAAGGUCGGCAGAGAUCCCACACCGCUCACACAGGCGCAGUCGUCUCUGGCCCGACACCCACCGCAAAGCGCCCAAGGCAAAUCGAAGACUCUGACUUGGCACAAUUUCGCUCGGGGCCAAUACCGAUCGAUAGUCGUGCAAGAUCUCAGACCAUCGCCGCAGCUCAUUCGACCCAAUCAGGGUCUACAAUCUCUCAAAUGAGCGGCUUGCAAGGUCAAAAUCACGCACAUGAGCGACGGAAUGCUGCAGUAGAAUUGCUGCCUGGGCCAGGAAUUCAUGCUGCCGAAAGCGCCACCUUUCCAACGGAAGAGCACCUGGAUGCUAUACAGCAGACACCGUACAGUCUCGAUACUCGGGUAAUUUCAGAGGUGCUAGCUCACGAGCCGCCCCUUCCUGCCGGCUUUGCUGGUGCGCCCACGCCCAACGUCAAUUUCGAGCGCCAUGGCUUUCUCAUGAGCGCACUGUGCUCACGCACCUACUCUGGAAAGAACUUUACCGGCCUCAAAGCGUACGUGUGCUUGCCUCCGCAUGACAGACAAGACAAAUUCAGAGUGGUUCCUUCCGAGGGCUCAACUGUCAAGCAAGGAUCUAAGGGCCAAUUUCAUCUCGCCAUCGAGGCGUUUCCAAAUGUUCGUCAUCCUGACGUGCUCGAGGGCGGAUAUGCGCUUUUGUUCGUCCAGCGCAAGGACGAGAAUGACCACUGGCUCUUUGAUUCAAUGGUGGAGUAUGCGGAUGACCCAAAAUCGGCAAUAAAAGAAGCAGUCAUCGGACACCUUCAAAAUCCACAGUCGGACGGCGGACGUGGGAGGUUUUUGUGGCGCGACAAGAUCAAAGACGCUUCUGGAUCACCGGGACGACCACUCGCGUUCCUGAUAGCUCGAUCAGCUCUGAAAAAGGAGAAGGACAUACGGCUUUGCAAUUUGCGGCUUCGCGUGAGCUUCCACAAUCGCGACGGCUCCAUUCUGCGUGACGAGGAUGGCCGUGCUAGCAUCUGUGACACCAACGAGUUCACUUGGCUCAGCACGAAAACUGUCACGAAUAGGGAAGCGUCAGGAAGCGCUGGAAACAAAAAAGGGAAGCGCUUGAGCGGUGCCGAAAUUCAAAAUGACCGAGAACACUCUGGCACUGGGGUUGGGGAAGACCGCUCCGAACCUCACGGCCAGCGGCAAGACCAGCAGCAACCAAAAAUUUCGAUCGAAGCGUUAGCAGAACUCGCCAAAAGUCUAAGCAUCGGCGACCUCAGUCGGCUGUCACACGCAUUCGACGCACAGCUCCGGACCAGAGACGAACACUUGAGCGACCGCAUAGGUCUGCGACCUUCAAGAUACGAUGGCCGGGAGCCGCCUCAUCUCGUUCGGCUCAACUCUUUCCAAGGCCUUCCAGGGCACGAAGAGCGUGUUGCCGGGGUAGCCCAUCGUCUAGGCCAGCUUCACGGGAGGCGCGACGCCGAGUAUGUCGGAAGCCAAGCUUUGAACACCGGGAACGUGGAGGGAGGCCUCGCCCGGUAUGAACAAAUUUUGCCAAAUUACGCAGCAACGACUGCCCAAAUGCGAGUGGAGUUCGUCGGCCUGCAUCUGGAGGCGCUCCACGCGCGUUUGGUAGGCAUGGCUGGUUUCAUGCGAGCGUCCCGAUUCACAUGUGCCUGGCUAAGAGCAGUCGGCAACAUCUACCCCGACUUUAUUGGUGUCGACAGCCGUCCAGAUCAUCAGCACGUCGUUUACUUUUUGGGCGAGGCCAGCCACCCGGAGAUUGACAUUGGCACAUACGCCCAGCUGUACCCGCUGGCUCGGCACGCCUUCACCUCGCGAGUGCCUUUCGAAGACUUAGAGAGAGUCAUUUGCAAACCAUAUUUGAUGGGAUUGCAGGAGAAGAGCGUGCAUGACAUCUGGACAGACUCGCCUCGAAGCGGUGAUGGGUCUGAUUGGAUGCCGGAUCUCGGCCAACAUCCAAUCCCGGAAAAUGGCAGUGGGUACCACGGCCCGUGGGACUCGGCGUUUGCGAGCACGACUUGGCCCACCACUCCUGCACCGCCUGCACCGCAAUCGGAAAACACAACGCAAGCCAUUUGGCAUAAUGUGCCAGACUCACGUAGCCAGAAUGCUUCUGGCAACGUGACUGGAGCCACUACACCCUCUUCGCAAACGGCAUCAUCAUCGGGCUUGGAGUUCUCGCAUCUCGGGCCCGAAAAUCGCGAGCGAUUCGACCUGCUUAUGCACUGCAUCCACCUCGACUACUUUUUGUUCAAUCUCGUUCUCAAGCGUUGGGAUAGUGUCCGGCGGCUAGAAGUGAGGCUACUUCAAGAAGAUGCUAUCUUGUGCGCUCGCUACCCUGAGGCCUUUCAACCACUACCUCUUUACGAUCUCUCCCUGUCUCCCUUGGAUACUCUCCUGCAACGAAGUUGA